CAGGUCUCUCUCUCCGGUCCCGGCCGGCCGGCCGGCCAGGCCCCCAAAAUUAACGACCCGGCCGUGCCGGUGGCCGGCGACCUCCGUCGUCGGGCAACGGAGCGCCGGUCAACUUCGCGCCAUCAUUACGCGACGCGCGCGUCCUGACUGAUCAAGCAAGCCGGACGCUUGGACUCUGGUCGACCCCCCUGCUCUGCUCUGCUCUGCUCUGCUCUGCUCCUAUAUAUACCCGCUCGGCGUCGCACCAUGCCAUGGCUGCCACAAACCCGAGCGUCCAAUCAGCUAGCAAGUGUAACGGCUGACUGUGCUAGAGCUAGCUAGCUUCGUCUGUUUGGUUGAGGCGGCGAGAGCACCUGAGAUCCAUGGCGGCGGAGGCGAGGAGCAGCAGCGCGGCGCUCGUGGCCGCGGCCGCCGCCGUGGUGGCGCUGCUGCUGGCGCUGGCGCCCGCGGCGUCCCGGGCGGAGCGGUUCGUCGUCGGGGACGCGGCGCGGUGGACGUGGGGGUACAACUACACCGACUGGGUCAUCCGGAAAGGCCCCUUCUUCCAGAACGACACCCUCGUGUUCAUGUACGACCCGCCGAACGCGACGGUGCACGCGCACAGCGUGUACAUGAUGCGGAACGCGGCGGACUACCAGUCGUGCAACCUCAAGGCGGCCAAGCUGGUGGCCGGCGUCAUGCAGGGCGCCGGCUCCGGCUUCGAGUUCGUGCUCAGGAAGCGCAAGACGCACUACUUCGUCUGCGGGGAGCGCGGCGGCAUCCACUGCACCAUGGGGCAGAUGAAGUUCACCGUCAAGCCCAAGAGCUCCGCAUGCCGCGACUGACCCGCCCGGUGACCCGCCGCCAAUCGUCUUGGCCUUUCUUCUGCAUGCCACCUUCUACGGUUCCAGUACAACCGCUGUCCCUUCGUGCUUGUAAGUUAUUAAUUGAUGUAUCUACGCGGUGUUGUUGUUGCGUUGUGUAUUUGUAGUGUCUGCUAUUUAUGCAUGAAUGGCUGGCUGAAUAAAAAGGAGUGACUUCACUUAGUGAGUUGUCAAGUGUUGUUAAAUUGUUUCAAGGGAGAAUGUAAUGAGAAUUGAGGAACAACAUGUACCAGUUGCUGCACUCAGCUGCCUGCUUGUUUCAA